GGAGAUCAAAGCGUUUCGUAUGUCAGACGUGAAGCGAACGUGGAGGUGGUCGCAUCGGGCGGACUAAACGUAUUUUUAUUACGGUCGCGCGUAUAUAUAUAUAAUACACACACACACGCACAUACAUACAUAUAUACAUAUAUAGACACGAAAGUAACGAGAUAACCGAUAACACGCAUCUACAAACGUAAUAAUUUUUUCGAGGUACGAGAUUUUACUCGUGAUGUUGAGCCCGUACCAAAGGAUAAACGUCGACGUCCUAUCUGUAUUCUUCGUCGUCGUCGACACGUGAAAGAUUCGUACGACGACGAGGAAACGAAUUUUAACAACACGAUCGUUUUAAUUAAAUACACCAUUUUAUAUUUCUAUCGAUUAUAAUUUAUAUAUAUAUAUUUCUAUUUCCCUAAUCUACGAAAACGUGAGGAAGGGAAGAAAAACAUAAAGGGAAAAUAAAGGAAGAUCUUUGAAGUAAUUCUAUAGUGUAUUCGCACGUUAAAUAUACAACAACGCAAGAAAUUAUUCAUCAGAUAUAUCAUACAUGCAUACAUGUAUAUACAUAUAUAUAUAUACAUAUAUAUAUCCUUCGAAAGAUGAAAUUGAUAAAUUCGAAUGAGAUAAUUGUCGCAUCGUGUUGUAGUUUUAUGAAACGUACUCCAAAGAAAUUUUAAUAACAACAACGUCGACGCGUUGUCCACUGGACCAAAGCUCUCCGGGGGAAAAAAAACAAAAAAAAAAAAAAAAGCGAAAUAAGAAAAAAGAAUUACGGGAAAGCGUGAGAAAUAACGCGCUAGUUCGUGAGUGCGUGUGAAAGAGAAAGAGAAAGAGAGAAGGAAAGAGAGUGGAGCCUAGACACGUUUACUAUCGGGAGAAGAUAUCGGAAAAUACAAUAUAUAUAUAUAUACACACAAUAUAUAUAUAUAUAUAUAUAUAUAUUUUCCUUUCCAUUCAACGGCACCUUUGGCUACACCGGUCUCGCUUGACGUAAAGAAAUACAUCUAAAUGUGUUCCAUAGCGAUGCCAACAGAACUUAUCCUGGGGCACAGUCCUCCGGUAUACAAUCCACUUCUGUACAGGCCUUUGGUGACGCCGACGAUUACAACAAGAUCGGUACCACCCAGAAUACGACCGUGCCUGUCCACUGGUUCGUUGCCUUUGGACAACUUAAAAAACAACAAUGACAGCAGUAACAAGCAGAAAAAGAGGGUCGUAUUCGCCGACGAUCGUGGCCGUCCACUUACUCAGGUACGUGUAAUGUCGGAACCAAGUAACGUUCCGCCAUUAUGGACUACGGCAUAUAUCGAAGAAGUAACCGGAGGACUCUUGAGAACAAAAAUCGACAACGAGGUAACGCAAGAUACUACAACACCGCCAUGGCAGGUGACGUUUCCUCAGCCAGCGAGUGAUUAUCUUGCAUUUCGCCGUAAACUCGAUCAAGACAAUGUUAGUUUGGAGAACGUGAUCGUUCGUGAAUCCGAACAGGCACUAGUUGGUACAGUGAAAGUGCGAAAUCUUGCAUACGACAAGGAGGUCGUUGUAAGAGCAAGUACCGACAUCUGGAAGACCCACGAGGACAAUUAUUGUACCUAUGUUGAACAACCCGGUGCACCGGCACUCAUCCUCUACGACACCUUCCGUUUUCGUCUUACGUUGCCAUUGAAAUCUGACAAUAUUGAAUUCUGCGUUAGAUAUCGUACCGAUGGACAGGAAUUCUGGGACAACAACGAGGGCAAAAAUUAUGUUGUCCGAAAAAGACAGGAGCCAAGGGCACCGCCUAAACGAUAUGAUCUCUUGGCAGCCACGUGCAAUGGGUUAUCAAGUAACAACAAUAUUUGCAACAUGAGCAAUGACGGAAACAACGGACUGAGUAUACCACGUAUAUCCGAUGCAAGACGAAUUAACGUUCGUACGUGGAGUGAAUUCGCAUCGUGGCAUCAUUUAAACAACGAUGCUCCCUAUUGGUGAAAAAAACAAAUAACAAAAUGAACAAACAAACAAACAAACAAACAAACAAACAAAAAAAAAAUGUUAACCCCUUUUUGUGGAUCCCUCGUCAAACGAUGUACAAAAAUGUACGAAUAUUCAUAAUAAUUCCAGCGUUAAAUCCUGGAAAAAAAUAGUCGAGCUGUGAAUCCGUUCGAUCGGGGGGUCUUAUGAAGAGGGGGAUGGGGAGAUGAUGAUACGAACUGAGAUAUAAGGGGUGGAACGACGAAAUAUUUUUUUUCGUUCGUCGAUGCAAAAACGAACAGUGAUACAAAGAGAAGAAAGAGAGAGAGAGAGAGAGAGAGAGAGAGAGAGAGAGAGAGAGAGAGAGAGAAGAGAGAGAGAGAGAGAGAGAACACGAUUAUUGAGAAUGAAAUCCAAAAUACAUUGGCAGGGAAAAAGAAAGGAAAAUAUGAGAAAACGAUGAUUGAAGAGGAGGAUAUUUCUUAAAAUCUUUUUUUUUUUUUUUUUUUAUUUUUAUUUUUAUUUUUAUUUCUUUUGUUUCUAUUAUUAUUUUUUUUUUUUUUUUUUUUUUUUUUUUUUUUUCUUCACUUUUUUUUUCUCUCGACGAAUUACGAGAAGCAACGACGAUAGUUAAGAUGACGAUAAUAAUAGACGUCGGACGAGAAAAGUUCUCGUUGAAAAGAGGAAAAAAGAUGUGAUGCGGCUAAGAGAAAGAGAUCAGAGUGAGAGAAAGAGAGAGAGAGAGAGAGAGAGAGAGAGAGAGAGAGAGAGG